AUGACUUUCUUCGAUGCGAGGACGUUCAAUGCCACUAACCUGAGUGACAAAGUAUUCGUAAUAUCCGGUGGUGGCAGCGGCAUUGGAGCAGCAGCAGUCCGACAUCUCAGCUCCUUGGGCGCCAAGGUUGUCUUUGGAGAUGUGAACGAAACAACGAGUCGCGCUCUCCUCGCUUCGAUUGGGAGCGACAAGGUCGCUUUUCACCCCUGCGAUGUUCGCAAAUACCAGGAUGUUGUGGGCCUUUUCCGCUACGCCUUUGAAAGGCACGGCGUCAUCGACCACGCCGUUGCCAACGCCGGAAUCGUUGAGCGCGGUCAGUGGUUCGACGCAAACCUCACGAUCGAUAGCGUGGCCGAGGAGCCCGACACGUCAGCACUGGACAUCAACCUCAAGGGUCUCGCCUAUUUCGCGAGAGUGGCCAGUGUAUUCAUGAGCCACCACAAAUCGAGUGAUCAAGACAAAAGUUUAACGCUGAUGAGCUCGGCCGCGGGCUUCCUCGAGAGUCGAGACUUGUACAUGUACCAAGCGAGCAAGCAUGGAGUGCUUGGGCUCCUGAAAACCGCUCGUUUGUCGUUUCCCGAGAGCAUGAAGGGGAUCAGGGUCAACGCGCUGUGCCCGUCUUUCGUCCGGACGGGAAUGACGCAAGACCUCGCUGGGAAGUGGGAAGGGGCAGGGUUGCCCGUGAAUGAGCCGGAGGACUUGGCAAAAGCUAUUGCUGCGCUGGCGGCAGCCGACAGAUCGACUGCUGCGAGCAUGUUACAGCGUGAAGAGGUAGUGGCGAUCAACGUUCAUGAUCUUCCGAGCAGCGGUGGCAUGGAUUGGGACCAUGUGGACCAGACAACCGGCAUGACUGGUCGCUCGUUCUACGUGGAAGGUGGCCUCUGCUGGGAUAUCGAGGAAGGACUCGACAGAACAAGGCACUUAUGGUUGGGUCAGACCGCGAAUGAUAAUGUGCUGCGCACACAAGCACUACUCAAGAGCACGGGAUUCCGAAAGAGGAAUUGA